UCCUCCAAAGCUAACCGCUGAUCGCUUAUGUUAGCCCAUGGGAGACUCACGAGGAAGGAGUAAGGAAUUAAAGCUAUCUACGUUGCAUAAUGAAAAUUAUGAACCGAAACCCAGAUCCUCAAGACUGAAUGGUGUUUGUUGCUGCAAGAAAACGUUUUAAAUUAAUGUUUCGUGGUCUGUCAUCGCCAGCUUCAUGUAAAUGCCAUGUGAAAUGAUAGACGGAGGCGGAACUUUGGACCUUGCAGGUGAGGUGAUCGUGUCAAGCAUUCGUUCAAUCGUUCAGAAAGGUUGCAUGUUGACUUCGCCGUAGUGAUUAGCUUAAGUUAAGGAGCUGUAGUUGCUUUAAAGAGAGGAUUUUUUUGCGGCUUGUAAUCGAAUACCUGUAGCCAAGUCAAAGAAUAAACACGCUCUUAUUUUAUGCAUGCAAUGAGAACAUACUUUGCAAUUUUUAAAUUUCGUUGCUAACAACUGCGCAUUUGGAAUUACUAGUUUAUUUGAAAUUCAAUCAAACAGUGCAGCUGUUAUUUAAUUAAGGUUCAUUUGCAAUUGCUAAUGUUUGCUUUCUUGAUGGAAAUAAGUUUGCAUUUUUUUAAGCAUUACAACUAUUUCUAGACAAACCCGUCGUAGAAUAUCAACUUACUUAUGCAAAUAUUACCUUGUCGACUGGGAAACAGUGAUGUUGAGAAGUGAUGGUGUGAACCAUGUUUUGAUUAUGACGACACAAGAGAUCUUAUCACAUUUCAUUUUAAACUUUCACAUUUCUUCAGGUUAAAAUGAUCUUUCAGGAAUUAAAAAUGUGUCAAUACCUUUGAAAUAUGUUUCAAGAGCAGUGAAAUCCAAUUUAAACACCUCUAAUUUAUUGGAAUUCCUGGAAGAAAACACUUUAUUAUGUCAGAAUUAUAGCGUGUAAUUAUGCUUGGAAAGUAUUUAGAGGAAUUUGAGUAUUUUGCUUUUGUUUUUUUUGCAGUACAUUGUGUUAUUUUAUUUAUUUAUUUUUUAAAGCUUUUUCUUUAGUUGUAUUUUUUUGGUGUCAUAUUGUUUUCAAGUUUAGUCUUAUUAGUUUUGAUAUUUUUUGAUAGAUUGAUACAGUUUUGUGAGGGUUUGGUGCUUCUGGUUAACCUUUUAACACUCAAGAGUGACAAGCAUCUAAUUUUUCCAUACAAUAUCACCCCUGAAUCAUGCAGUAAGGUCAUAAGAAAAAAGAAAAUUAUCAGCAGCUAAAGAAGCUGUUGAUUGUAACACGAAUUCCCCUUGUCAACAUCUGAGGGAAAUGUAUAGAGAAAAGUAGGGAGAAUACCUCUUCUGAUGUUAGGGUGCAAAGGGUUAAGUUCAUUGUUUUAAAAAUGCUUAGCUUUCACAGUGUCUUAUUCUAUCCAGGAGGGGUUCCCAAGGGAAUAAUUGACAAUCCUGAACUCAGGGAAACUUGAAAAAAUUCUGGGGUGGGGGGUACCUGUUUAAGACUAGCAUCUCUUUCAGGGGAAGUAGAUGUACUCUUAGUCUCUUCAUGUUACAGUUCCUAGUGAAAAGCACAAGCCAGUGAGAGUGUCUUGGCCUUCAAGACAAAACCCUUUACACCCUUACAUAACCAUGCAUGAUGCCUAUAAUAAUAAUUAUAGUAAUAAUUAGUGAUAAUUUAUUGACUUGUAUUACACAAUUAUCAAUAUAUUAACAUUAUAAUGUUAAAAUUCAACUAUGUUCAGAUAUUAAAGCUAAAAAUAAAAAUUUUAAAUGGGAAGAUGUACAUGUAGAAACACAAAAAUUACAUGCAAAUAAGUAGAGAGCUUUUGCAACUAAAAAAAGUCACUAUAGCUUUCUUAGACUGGUUUAAAGAUUCAAUAUUUCAGAUAGAACACAGAAGAUUGUUCUAAAAUUUAGGAGCAGCUGUAUGAAAAGAAUGACCGCUGAACAACAGUCUAUAAUUCCUUUAGUACUUCCCUUAUGGUACUGGCAAUCAUUUGUAAUAUUCUUAUCACAUUAAUGUUUGAUUCAGGGGUGAUACUGUUACUUGUAGGGGAAAUAAGAUGCCAAAUUCAGAGGCCAAAAUUCACCUUGUUUUACAUUUACUUCAUAAAAAGCCCUUUUUUUUCCAUGCAAGUCUGGUCUUUUCCCAACAUCAAACCUGUACAGAAAGGGUACUUGAAUUCAAGGACUCUUUUGGAGAAAACUUAAAUGGGAUGGGGUUUGUGUGUGUCUUGAUUUAGUCUAUAGCUAAAGUGUCUGAAAUAUGUUUUUAGAAUGGCCAGUGCCUUUGUUCCUGUGGACUUAGACAAACUUUUAGAUGAAUUUGAGGAAAAGGAGCAAGGUUAGAGUUGUGUCUUUGUUUUGUGAAAUGGGAAGGGUACUUAAAGAACAAAAACAUUCCUCUUGAAAUAAUCUGUGAAUCAAUGUUCUUUUGUGUUAAUUUGUUUUUCUCUAUUUUUGGAUGGAAUUACAGCAUGGAAGGUCAAAAGCGGGCCAAUAUUUUUUAAAUUUAUAUUAAAAAAGCUACAUGUACCUCAGCCCAAAAUUACUUGAUGUUCACACAUAUACACUUAUCGUCCUUAAUCAUACAAUGAAUGAGUUAUUUUAAAAAGCUGAAGUAGUUUUUGAAUAUUAUCAUUGGAGAUGUUGUGAAACAUACUGAAAGGUUAAAAGUAAGUUAUAUAAUUCAAGUAUGACACUGCUUAAGAAUAAGUAACAUUAUUAUUUGGUUUUGUUAAUGGUGAUAUUUUGCAGAAAGGUUCUUUUUUUCUUUAUUGCUAUUUUUGUUUUUAAAUGUGUGGUGAAAAAAGGCUUGAAUUAUUGAGAUUAUUGAACAUUAUUUGUUACUGAUUAACCCCUUCACUUCCAAGACCUCAUUAGUAAUUCUCCUUACAGUCUGCUGUACAACUCUCAUCAUUUUACAUCGGAGAAAUUGGUAUUGGAUCACCUAUCCCAAAUUGAUAUUUUUCUUGAUUCUCAUCUCUUGUCUGCUUGAUAUUGUUUUGAUAUUGUCAGGAUAAUUUCUGUCUUGGUCAGCCAUGGGAGUAAAAGGGCUAAUGUUUAUGAUGCUUUCAAUUAUAAUGUUUAGAACCAAAACCAGAUCAAACCAGUGCAGUCAAAGUGCCAACUGUUGACAGAAAGCGAAUAGCUACACAGAGUUUCCAGUCACCAUUCCCUUCAAUCCAGGAAGAGGUAUUGUCUGAUCAGGAAUCUGAAAAAUAUCCUGAUGACAGCAAGAAUGACAUUGAUGAUGACAGUGAUGAUAGUAGUAGUAUUAAUGGACUGAUUAAAGCAGCUGAAGCCAUAACUGAUCAAAAUGUGGCUGGAAAGACUUUAAGAGAUGAACUAGAAGAACUGGAGGAAAGUGUGGUUUACACACCUAUUGAUAAUACUUGGCACGAAAAUGCACAGAACACUUCUGAGAGUGUCCACUCUGCUGGGCAGUUUGACUUGAAUGGUGUGGAGGACACACACUACAAUGCCAGCUCACUUGAUAAUGAAGAGAGCUUAAUGACAACUCUAGCAAGCAAUGAAGGAGUAUCUGAUGGCCAGGAAGCAAGUAGUAAUAAUUUUGAUCAUAAAGACGAACAAAUUAGUAACAAUGAUGAGUCAGCUUUAGACUCUGCAGUGGCAGCAAAUGGUGUCGCUGAACAUGUGCAAGAUGUAGAAUCUAUGGGCUGGAUUGAAGAUACAUCCAGAGACAACUCAGAACAGCCUGGAAAUGAUGAGGCUAGCCAGUGUGUUGUGAAUGAAUUUGUUGUUUCAGAACAACGAGAAACUCAUGAACAAUUUAUGAACAGCACUGUUUUGCAUCCCCAAGAUGGUGGUAUGUCUGUUGAUGACGUAAAUUUAACAUCAUAUGACCAAGUGCAAAGUGAAAAUCUUCUUGAACCUGGAUUGUCCAUUGUGCCAGUAGUUGAUGCAAAUUUUGAAACUUACCCUUCAGAUUCUGAUCAAAGUCAUAAUUUAGGAACACAGGAUUUUUAUACACAGAAUGAGAAUGCAGAUUCUGGCACCUCUUUUCAAACCGAGCCUUCAAUGACAAAUUCAUAUAAUUGUAAUUCAGAACAGGAGAGUUUUGACACAGGCAAUCAGCCUGGUCAAGUUGAACAUGAAGAAGGUACACAGUCUCCUGUAUUAACCAUGUCAUUACAGUCUCACGGAGCAGUAGAGGCUCGCCGCAUCACCUCAGGAGAAGCUUGUCUUGGUAGAGUGCCACCCCUAUGGGUGCCUGACUCUGUGGCUACUCACUGUAUGAACUGUGGGUUGAAAUUUAGUGUUUUGAAGAGGAGACAUCACUGCAGAGCUUGUGGAAAGGUACUGUAGCUCACAAUACACUCUUAUUUUUAUGCUGGAUAGGAAUUUAGAGGAAAACUAUUUGUAUAUAUUGGCACAUACAUGUAAUGGUUGAUUAUUCAAGGUACUCAAAGUGUUACUAACCCUUGAAGUUCCAUGAGUGAUUGGCUUUAAACUUCUCCCUAUAGUAUUCAUACAUUAUUUAGCAAACAGGUAAUGAGAAUACUCAAACUUAUCAGGUAGAAGUCAUUUUCUUGAUCUAAUACCAAAUUCUUGUAAUGUAUUUACCAGGAAAUAUUAGCCGCUAGCGGGGGAAUUAACAUUAAGAUCUUAAGAGAUAAAGAGUUAACCAGUGUCAAAAAAUUACUUCUUUGGUAAUAUACAACAGAAAGAUAUAAAACUUUUUUGUAUCUUGAUAUUGGCUAUUUGAGGUAAGAAAAUAAUUUUUUACUACUUAUGGACCUUUACUUUUAGUUGAUUGUCUUAAUUAAGUGAAUUAUGUCAAUUACAGGCUCUGUGUUCAUCUUGCUGUAAUAUGAAGUUUGUUUUACCUUACCUGGACAAUAAGGAAGGUCGAGUUUGCCAAGUCUGCUGCAAUGCCCUCUUAAGAGGUAUCUUAUUGUUAUCAGUUCUACAUAGAGCAUCCAAUGUUUAUUGUCAUAUCUAAAAGAAUAUGGACUCAUGAUUUGUGGUUCUUGUUUGUGUUUGUUUUGGAUAUGGUGUUUUUUUGCUGCUUGUAUGAUUAAAGUAAAGAAGUACUCUCUAACACAUAGGAGUUUUAGUUAAGGAGUGCAUAGCUUGAGGAUAAUCUUUUUAGUGUAUCAACCAGAUGUUUCAUAGCAUUUCUUUGGUCAAAGCAUCAUUUUUGAGGCAAAGUAUUGAUGAUGACUGUAAUUUCAGCUCAGGCAUUAUCAGAAGUGAUGGAAAGCCAAGAGGAUGAUAAUCUCAGAAAUCAUUUUGACAGUGUGCCAGAUGAUUUGCUCACAGAAGAUGUUUUAGAAGAACACGAAGACUUACCAGCUGACCAGCAAGAGGUCUCUGAAGGUGCAGAGGCCAUAGGGGAUGAACUUGAUUCCACAGAGUUACCCAGCCCAGGUGAAGACCGUACUGUAUUUAACCCUUCAACUCCCAAGAUCUGAUUCAAUUCUCCCCUCUAGCUGCUACACAUUUCCAUUUAAAUUAGUUAUCAGAACUAGGUGUUAAAUCAAGAUUACAACUUCUACCUGAAAAGUUUACAUAUUCUCACCACCUGUUUGCUGGAUAAUGUAUGGAUAUUGUAGGAAGAGGUUAGAUGUUCAUCAGUUCUGGGAGUUUAAGGGUGAAAUUGCUUCUGUCAACAUGAUCUCAAAUUUUUCUGUAGUCACUCAUAGAGCACAUAAUUGUGGUUGAUGUUUUAAAGUAAUAUGAGAAUUCUGUUGUCUAAUGACUGGCGCUCAUCUUUAGGAGUGGAUGUGGCCACAAGACCAUCUUCCUCUCCCCCAGUUCUUCCUCCUCUACAAAUCCCAGUGCUACCACCCACAGACGCACCCAGCACUCCAUUAUCCACACCAGCAUCCCCUGCUCUGUCUGACGACAGUGAUUGCUUGUUUCGAUUGGAUGUUGAUAAUGUGCGGUCAUUGAUGCCACAAGAUAUAACUACACUGCCACCAGUUUUGAGGGUUACAAAUGAAGGUGUGUGUAAUUCUUCCUAGUGUAAUUUGAUUGGAUGGGAAGGUUGGUCCUUAACCCUUCACUACCUAACAUCAGAACUCAUAUUCUCCAUACUGUUUUUAUGCAUUUUGUAUGGUACUGAUUUUAAGUAUUUGUUUAACAAUCUAGAGCUUCUUCAGUUGUUGAUCAUUUCCUUCAUUCUCAUGAUCAGAAUGUCUUAUUCAAUGGUGAUACUGAUGAUGAAGGACAAAUUAGAUGUUGGUUGCUCACAAAUUAUCUUGAUGCAUGACUACUCAACCUUAUUUCCUGAAGAAGAUUCUCAUUAUGUACUAGCUGAAACAUGGCAAGCUGCUCAGAAAGUCUCUACUUUGAGAGAUGAAAUAAUGAUCAUUGCUGCUUAGUAACUAUAGUAUAUCUUAUCUGUUUCAGAGAUAUCAAUUCAAGAAAGACCUGAUCCUGCAGAAAUCAUGUAUCAACUGAAAGGUACAAACUUUUUAGUUCACAUUGAGUCAAGAGAUGACUCAAUGUCUUAAAUUGACUUAAAUGUUGCUUCUUGUGAAGCAAUUGAUUUUUGUCUUAGUUUAAUGUAAGUGACAUUCCUAACAGAUCAAACAAGACUUGAAAAUUAGUCAGCUAAAAGAUUAAGGCUUUUGGGAGAACAGUAUGUUUAUUAAACAUGUAUUGUAGACAGAACAUUCAUUGAUUUUGAAGCAAAUGGGUAAGAAAGCACACCUCCCAAAAUAAUCUCCUUGGAAACUUGUUUCCUUGUUUUAGCCACCGUAAGAGCUUUUGUAGAACAAUAUGAUUGUUAAACAUAGCAGGAACAUUCACUUGUUGUGGCAAAAUUGAGGAAGAAAGCAUGCUGUACCACCCCUAAUAUUCUCCCUGGAAACUUGUGUCCUUGUAUUAGCCACUAUAAGCUAAUAAUCAUAGCAGUGUUGUGGUAUUAAAGCACUAGGUCAGCCUCAAAUUUAAUGAGGGGUCAAGUCGCUUAUAAAUAAUCUCUAGAAGGUCAAUAAAUCAUCAAAUAAUAAAUGUCCAGAGAUUUUUUUUUUUAUAGGGAAGUCCUCAUAAUUAUUUUCUCCCAUGCUGACAAUGCUCUUUUGCUAACAGGUCUUCAUGAAACUGUUGUAUUCCUGCUGAAUAAGAACUUGGUUGUCAAAGUCACUUUAGUGAAAUGUAAGUGUGAAUUGUUACAAUAAAUAAACCAGGUGAAGUGUUAGAAGAUACUGUUAGAUAUCAGUUAUUGUGCAUUCAAGUCAUUCAAUGUAACUAUUUGUCAACAAAGUAAACUAUGUCCACAAAGUUCCAGUAGGUUUUGAAAAGUAGCCAUUUACUGUUGGAGAAGCAGUUUCAGUGUACUGAACUCUAGGUUGAGAGGUCUGGUUGGGAGACCUGGCUGGGUCAAUGUGUGGUGUUAUUGGGAAAGACACUUUGCUCUCAGUGCUUCUCUCCAACAAGGAGUAUAAAUGGGUGCUGGCUAACUGUCAGGAAAGCUUGAUGAAAUGCUGGGGGGGGGGGAGGGGAUGCUGGACUAACAUCCCAUUCAGGGGGUAGUAGUAAUACUCCUAGUCACUUCAUGUUGAGGAAACUUGGAUAAGCUGUGGCUGGGUGAGGCACUAGGUGCAAAUACAGACUUAUUUACAAUGCUUGAAAGCAAUCUGUUAUUCAGCUUGUAAAGAUUAAUCUGUGGGAUAGCAUUUAUCAAAGGGCCUUGAAUUUCAAGAGCACUAAUGACUAAGGAUCCUUGUUCACUUUUCUUCAUUUCUUCUAGUGAGCUGUUGUGUGAAGCGCAAAUGUUGGUGUUUUGUUACUGAAGGAAUGGGGGCAGCUAACCAAGAAGAAAUGGUAAAGCUGUUGCUUAAGUUAUACUUGUGUCUUAAGUGUUGAAGUACUGUAUCUUAUCUGUUAAUGGUUAAAAAGGAUAAAAAAAUUUUGAGUUUAGUUACUGAUUGCAGAGAGAUAUAAAAAAAAUUACUGUUAGUCAAAAAUUAUUGUCAUUGUUAGUUAGAUUAUUGUAUCCAAUGUUUUCAGGUGGUCCUGUUGGAGUGUCAUCGUAAAGAGACAAUGCUUCCAAAGGAUGUCCUUUCACACUUCAAUACAGCCUUUGCAUAUGCAAAACAAGGUAGGAUCUUGAUUCCUCUUCGUUAAUGAGAAUAGCAAUAAUUGUUGGCAGUAUUUCUUGGAACUAAGAUUUCUUUCAAUUGCUGUUAGGUCACACUGUGUCUGAACUUGGCUACACAAUUUUUGGUCAACCAUUUCUUGGCAGUAGUGACAAUGCAGGCUUUCUAUAUGUAAAACCAUCAUUUCAGGUAUGCUUUGAAAUUGAAAGCCUUGGUUCUGAGACUUUUUUUCUAGUAAGUGUAUUUCGAAUAAAGAAAAAAAAUGAAGAGAUGUGAAGAAUGAAGCUCUAGAUGGCAUUUGAUGCUGCAACAUCUUCUCUCUGGGUUACACAUGAGAACACAAAACUCAAUUAAACAUCCCAGGGAUGAUUACUUAUGGUAAUAUUAGCUUUUUGCUUUCCCAAACUCAGUUAGCUAAAAAUCCCUCUGAACUCAAACAUAAAUGCUUUUUUUUCAAAGUGCAUUUUCAAUUAUUUUCUAUCAAAAAACCCAAACUUUGUUUUAACAGUUUGAGUGGGAAAGGUUCUAUUUAUUAACAAUAACGAUAUAUACACAUGUUAGUGUGAUGAAUGUUUGAUAUUUUUUAAAUGCAAUCAAAUCUUUUCAGUGUUUGAAGAACAUCCCUGUUCCUUCCACUCCUUAUGUCAUAGGAGUGUUAAUAAAACGCCUGGAAUCACCAUGGGCCCAACUGUUUCCUUUAAGGCUGCAGCUAAGACUUGGAGCAGAGUUUAGAUGUAAGUGGGAAUUUGUUUAGUCAUAAAGAAAUCAUGCUUUCAUCAGAGCUUCUUUAGUUGACAACCAUUUCCUUUAUUAAUGUGACCUGAAUGUGUGAUUCUGGGGUAAUAGUGGACAGCAAAAUUAGAUGCUUUUGAGACUUGUUUUUGUUGAUUCUAGAUUAUCCCUGUCCAUUAUUCAGUUCAAGAAGCAGAUCAACAGUAUAUGGUGAAGUUGGACAUACAAUCAUGAAUCUGUUAGCAGUAUGUGGUCAUUGGUUUUUAUACUGUACAGUGGUUGCUCUAAAUCAGAAUCAGUCUGAUUUUAAUUUAGGAUGGGUACUUAGGCAGUGAGUGUUCUUGCACAAUGGCUGUCUUGCCAACACGUUUUGAGCUAUCUUAAAUUUCAGUAUCAUGAAGUGACAAAGAGUGUUGUUAAUCCAUCUGCAGGCCCUGGCUGUUCAAAGGCUGGGUAACACUAUCCAGCAGUUAGCCUAAUGUAUUUUGUAAAUAAUUAUCCACUGAAUAGAACUAUCUAGCCUUUGAACAAUCAAGGUGGGAUGGGACAAGAAACAGCAGUUUUGCACCCCUUGAAUUAUGUUAGAUCUCCCAGACAAUUUACUAGUAGCUGUCAUAAUUAUUCCAGAGCAGAGAACAGCUCUGUGAGAGUUAAAUGUCUCUUUCAGAAACCCAAAAUCAUGACUUUCCCACUGCUAGAUUGUAGACUGUUUUUCAUACAGAUUAUAGCCUUGCUACUGAGUGCAAACUUGCCUUAUGCUGUAAUAAUAAUUAAUUUUCUUAGGACUUCAAGAAUUUCCAGUAUACAUUACCACGAGUGACAGGGCUUCUCAUACACAUGGAAGAAAAGAAGACUUUAGUUAGACUGCCACAAGACAGAUAUGAUGAGGUAACAAUUUUGAGUGUUAACUCUCUACACCCAAACAUCAGACAGUAUGCAUAUUCUCCAUACUGUUCUGUAUACAUUUUCUAAGGAGCUGACAAGGAGAAUUUGUUGAACAAUCAAGAGCUGCUUUAGUUGGUGAUCAUUCCUUUAUUUUCAUGACCUUAAUGUGUGAGUGAGGGGUGGUAUUGUAAGGAGAAAAUAGAUGCUAGAGGUUAAGGGUUAAGUGACAACUGAAGUCUUCAUUUAUUAUGAUAGGUACAAACAUUUUACCUUUUUGGUAGGAGCAUUAAUUAAAAUUGUGAACAUACAAUACUUGGUAAUCUUUUAGGAAAACGUCUUUUGAUUCUCUCAUCAGGUAGUAAAGAUUCUCAAUGCCACUGAUGAGCAUGUCAUGGCUCUCGGAGCCAACUUCAGCUUAGAAGCAGACUCACAUCUGGUCUGUAUGCAGAGUGAACAAGGCUAUAAAACUCAAGCCAUCAACAUACAGAAUCAAGCCAGGAAAGGUACAUGCUAAAGCAGGUGGAAAAUGCACCCAGGGUCACUGGCUCAAGUAUAUAUGGUGUAUUUUUUUUAAUGUAACUCCUAUUAUUUUGGUUUUCUUUAGUAACUGGAGCAAGCUUUAUUGUCUUCAGUGGGGCGCUAAAGCCAAGCAGUCCGUUCAUGGCAAAAGUCAACAUUGUGGAAGGUUUGUAACUUGUCCUCUCCACUGAACCCUUUACAACCUAACAUUGGUAUGCAUAUUCUCCCUACUGUUUUCUCAACAUUUCCUGAGGUGCUGUCAAGGAGAAUUUGUAUAACAAUCAAGGUUUCAUUUAACUCUUGACCUUUAUGUGAAAUUCAGGGGUGAUAAUCUGGGGAAAUAUAAGAUACUGUCACUCUUAGGGGUCAAAGGGCUUAAUUUAGAGAGAGCUUGAGCCCAUUUGCCAUCUCACCAAUAUGCUGGAUGAUAUCAUGCCGUGAUUCAUGAAUUAUGUACCUGUUAGAGAUAAUAAUGCAUUAUGGACUUGUAAACAGACUGUGGACUUAUUAAUUCAUGGCAAGAUGACAUAUUUUCCAGGAAAUAUAUUGUUUGGCAUAUGGUGAGCUGUUUGAACUUAUAUUAUUGGUAUCAGUCCCACCAUCUCACCAAUAUGCUGGGUGAUAUCAUGCCAUGAUUCAUGAAUUAUGUACCUGUUAGAGAUAAUAAUGCAUUAUGGACUUGUAAACAGACUGUGGACUUAUUAAUUCAUGGCAAGAUGACAUAUUUUCCAGGAAAUAUAUUGUUUGGCAUAUGGUGAGCUGUUUGAACUUAUAUUAUUGGUAUCAGUCCCACCAUCUCACCAAUAUGCUGGAUGAUAUCAUGCCAUGAUUCAUGAAUUAUGUACCUGUUAGAGAUAAUAGUGCAUUAUGGACUUGUCAACUGACUGUGGACUUAUUAAUUCAUGGCAAGAUGAAAUACACUUGUCACUAGUUACAAUAAUUUUAAAUCAUGGUGUUGAGGGAGAAUAUUGUCUGGCAUAAGGUGAGCUGUGGGAACUCUUGUUAUUUACGAUAUCAGUUCAUCGUGCUGUAGGACUGUUUUGUAAUUAAUCACAGAGGAUGACAAAAUGUGGUGAGAACAUCAGUGACACACUCAUUCGUGCCUUGUGCUCCACUUUUUUGUUUUUACCACAUUUUGAUGUCAUCUGUGAUCUAUUGCUGAACAGAUGCACUACAACAGGGAAUUCAUUUGUUAAUUUUAGUAACAAAUGUUUUAUUCGUGAGGUGUGCAGUCGUAUUGUAGCUUUUUGUAUGAUAGGUUGAGAGUAUUUAGUUGUUCAUCUUAAACACAGGGUGCAGUUACUUUAAAUCAUAUUUUCCAGGAGAUAUAUUGUUUGGCAUGUGGUGAGCUGUUUGGACUUAUAUUAUUGGUAUCAGUCCCACCAUCUCACCAAUAUGCUGGAUGAUAACAUGCGGUGAUUCAUGAAUUAUGUACCUGUUAGAGAUUAUAAUACAUUAUGGACUUGUCAACAGACUGUGGACUUAUUAAUGCAUGGCAAGAUAUAUUUUCCAGGAAAUAUAUUGUUUGGCAUGUGGUGAGCUGUUUGAACUUAUAUUAUUGGUAUCAGUCCCACCAUCUCACCAAUAUGCUGGAUGAUAUCAUGCCGUGACAUUGGUAUGCAUAUUCUCCCUACUGUUUUCUCAACAUUUCCUGAGGUGCUGUCAAGGAGAAUUUGUAUAACAAUCAAGGUUUCAUUUAACUCUUGACCUUUAUGUGAAAUUCAGGGGUGAUAAUCUGGGGAAAUAUAACAUACUCUCACUCUUAGGGGUCAAAGGGCUUAAUUUAGAGAGAGCUUGAGCCCAUUUGCCUCUGAGACAUAGAUGGCAGCCAGACGUUUAAAGUUCUUUUCCAUGGGGCUCUCUAUAGAUCUUAUGUCUGUAUCAUUUAAUUUGGAAUUUGAUGUCAAAGCACAGCAAGAGUAGUUUUCUGUCUGUCAUAUUUUCAUUGACAGUUACUCUUUGUUUGGCCAAUGCUUUUACUUCUAGGGGAGACCCAAAUGGAAUUUCUCCUCACCAUAUCAGUAAAUUUUUGACCCUUUAACUCCCAGAAGUGAUUAAAGUAAAACUUCUCCCUACAACAUCCCUACAUUCUUCAGCAAACAGGUGAUGAGAACAGUCAAACUUAUCAGGUAGAAGCUGCUAUCUUGAUCUAGCACCAAGUUCUCAUAACUAAUUUACAAGGAAAUGUGUAGCUGCUACAGGGGAGAAUUAACAAUCACAUCUUGGGAGUUAAAGGGUUAAGCAGAAAGGUGUUAAGAAGAAAGAAUAAUACCCUCAAGUGGAUAUUGUAUGAUUGGAAGGCAAUUUCUCAAGGCUAAAACUAGAAGAAACAAAUGGCAGAAUGUUCAGAGAAUUUGAUGUUUGAAGUGCAAAGGCUAUGUUAAAUAUCAGAUGAUUUGUAUCAUUUUCCAACUCAUUAGAACUUAGGGUAUUUAUUGUAAUAUCAGUAAGAGCCAUUUUGUAGUACUUGCAAUUUUGAAUACUUGCUGAUUUAAUUUUUGUUUUUUCCUUUGCAUAGAUGGCAUUAUGGUCCAAUUGACGCCAGAAAUGAUUGAAAAGUUACGACAUUCUUUGAAAGAAAUGCAGGAUUAUUCAAUUACUACAGGGGUUCCAGGUGGGGCUGGUGAAGAACAAGUCAUUGUGGAAUGGGCCAGUCGUCAAAGUGCUUCACAGCAAGCCAGGUGCCGUGUAAAUAAUAAAUAAUCAAUUUACAAUUUAUGUUGUGCUUAUUGCAAGCCUCCUAGCACUUCGCAAUUUGAAAGAGAGAAAAACAAGUAUUUCAAAUAAACAUUAAGUGCUUGAAAAUCCCAACUGGCAGUAAGCAGACCAGUUGGCUAUUUACACAGUGCAGAUAAGGAGUUGAACAUGGGGCAACCAAAUAUUGAACAAGUCCCGCUUCAGGACUUGUUCAAUUUGUUUGAUGCCAUAAUUGUUCAUGUACUUGUAAAGAUAUUGGCAUAACUUAUGGCCAUAAAGGAGACUAAAGUCUUUGACUGUAAUUACGCACCCUAAUGAAAUAAAUUGUCCUACUAAAAACUUUUGAGAAAGGCUCUAAAUCUACAAUAAAAUGCUGAUAUUACAACUGAUUGAUUUUUCUUGAUUGAUAAUUCUUUCAAAUUUCUACAGUUUGAACAGUCCAAUAGAUGGUUUACAGCUAGGUUCUUUUCCAAGUGUCAAGGUUCACAGUGGAUGUGACUUCACACGCAAGAAUGUAUUUAGGAUACAAUGGACAGAGGUGUUCUUUUUAGGUGAAGGACAACAGAGUGCAUCACGGGACCUCAAUAAACUCACUGGAGAGCUGGCCAAGGCUUUUUGCCAGACACUCAUGCCACACUUGUCUAAAAUGAGCUCAGAUGGAUUCACCUUUGUUGGACUGAGAGUAAAUUUGGAUCCUGAUAAUGUAAGGCACAUAUAACAUAUGCCACUAUUGGGGUAGUUGGCAUGAGUUAUGAUAAGCUUUGGUAGUUAAGACAUAUUUUUAGUUCAGGUAUCUUUUUCUGUACAGUCAUUAUUUUCUUGUUGGUCAGUUGUUAAGUCAGUCUGUCAGUCAAUCAGGCAGUCGGUCAGUCAAUCAAUCUAUUAAUCAGUAAGUCAGUCAGUUCAUAUUGUGGUUUCAUGCUUGAGAGGUUGAGAGUAUGUUGUUGUUCAUCUUAGACAAAGGGUGCAGUUACUUUAAAUCAUAUAGUUGAGGAAAAACAUUGUCUAGCAUAUGGUGAGCUGUUUGAACUUUUACUAUUUAUGAUAUCAGUUCCACCAGCUCACCAAUAGGCCAGAUGAUAACAUGCAGUAAUUCUUGAAUUACAAACUGGUAUAAUUUAUAUGAUAAGUUAUUUUAUGAUCCGUUGGAGAACAGAUGCAAAGAUGACUUCACCAUGAAACAAAUAGACUCCCUCAUGCUGUAGGACUGUAUGGUAAUAGAUCACGAAGGAUGACUAAAUGUGGUGAGAAUGUCAGUGACACUCUCAGUUGUGCCUUGUGUUCCACUUUUUUGUUCUUACUACAUUUUGCUAUCAUCUGUGAUCUAUUACUAAUCAGAUGCACCACAACAGGGAAUUCAUUUGUUAAUUUUAGUAACUAAUGUUUUAUACAUGAGGUGUGCAGUCAUAUUGUAGCUUUCUGCGAGAUAGGUUGAGAGUAUGUAGUUGUUCAUCUUAAACACAGGGUGCAAUUACUUUAAAUCGUAUUUUCCAGGAAGUAUAUUGUUUGGCAUGAGAUGAGCUGUAUGAACUUAUAUUAUUGGUAUCAGUUCCACCAUCUCACCAAUAUGCUGGAUGAUCACAUGCAGCAAUACUUUAAUUACAAACUGGUAUAAUUUAUAUGAUAAGUUGGAUGACAGAUGCAAAGAUGAGUUCACCAUGAACAAUAAUUUGCUUUAUUAUUACGUGAAACAAAUAGACUCCAUCAUGCUGUAGGACUGUAUAGUAAUAAAUCACAGAGGAUGACAAAAUGUGGUGAGAACAUCAGUGACACACUCAUUCCUGCCUUGUGUUCCACUUUUUUGUUUUAACCACAUUUUGAUGUCAUCUGUGAUCUAUUACUGAACAGAUGCACUACAACAGGGAAUUCAUUUGUUAAUUUUAGUAACUAAUGUUUUAUUUGUGAGGUGUGCAGUCAUAUUGUAGCUUUCUGCAUGAUAGAUUGAGAGUAUUUAGUUGUUCAUCUUAAACACAGGGUGCAGUUACUUUAAGUCAUAUUUUCCAGGAAAUAUAUUGUUUGGCGUGUGGUGAGCUGUUUGGACUUAUAUUAUUGGUAUCAGUCCCACCAUCUCACCAAUAUGCUGGAUGAUAACAUGCUUUGAUUCAUGAAUUAUGUAACCGUUAGAGAUUAUAAUGCGUUAUGGACAGUCAACAGACUGUGGACUUGUUAAUUCAUGGCAAGAUGAAAUACACUUGUCACUAGUUACAAUAAUUUUUAAUCAUGGUGUUGAGGGAGAAUAUUGUCUGGCGUAAGGUGAGCUGUGGGAACUCUUAUUAUUUAUGAUAUCAGUUCAUCGUAUUGUAGGACUCUUUUUUUGUAAUAAAUCACAGAGGAUGACAAAAUGUGGUGAGAACAUCAGUGAGACACUCAUUCGUGCCUUGUGCUCCACUUUUUUGUUUUUACCACAUUUUGAUGUCAUCUGUGAUCUAUUGCUGAACAGAUGCACUACAACAGGGAAUUCAUUUGUUAAUUUUGGUAACUAAUGUUUUAUUCCUGAGGUAUGCAGUCAUAUUGUAGCUUUCUGCAUGAUAGGUUGAGAGUAUUAAGUUGUUCAUCUUAAACACAGGGUGCAGUUACUUUAAAUCAUAUUUUCCAGGAAAUAUAUUGUUUGGCAUGUGGUGAGCUGUUUGAACUUAUAUUAUUGGUAUCAGUCCCACCAUCUCACCAAUAUGCUGGAUGAUAACAUGCUUUGAUUCAUGAAUUAUGUACCCGUUAGAGAUUAUAAUACAUUAUGGACUUGUCAACAGACUGUGGACUUAUUAAUGCAUGGCAAAAUGACAUUUUUUCCAGGAAAUAUAUUGUUUGGCAUGUGGUGAGCUGUUUGAACUUAUAUUAUUGGUAUCAGUCCCACCAUCUCACCAAUAUGCUGGAUGAUAUCAUGCCGUGAUUCAUGAAUUAUGUACCUGUUAGAGAUAAUAAUGCAUUAUGGACUUGUAAACAGACUGUGGACUUAUUAAUGCAUGGCAAGAUGACAUGUUUUCCAGGAAAUAUAUUGUUUGGCAUAUGGUGAGCUGUUUGAACUUAUAUUAUUGGUAUCAGUCCCACCAUCUCACCAAUAUGCUGGAUGAUAACAUGCUGUGAUUCAUAAAUUAUUUACCUGUUAGAGAUAUUAAUGUAUUAUGGACUUGUAAACAGACUGUGGACUUAUUAAUUCAUGGCAACAUGACAUAUUUUCCAGGAAAUAUAUUGUUUGGCAUAUGGUGAGCUGUUUGAACUUAUAUUAUUGGUAUCAGUCCCACCAUCUCACCAAUAUGCUGGAUGAUAACAUGCCGUGAUUCAUGAAUUAUGUACCUGUUAGAGAUAAUAAUGCAUUAUGGACUUGUCAACGGACUGUGGACUUAUUAAUUCAUGGCAAGAUGAAAUACACUUGUCACUAGUUACAAUAAUUUUAAAUCGUGGUGUUGAGGGAGAAUAUUGUCUGGCAUAAGGUGAGCUGUGGGAACUCUUAUUAUUUAUGAUAUCAGUUCAUCGUGCUGUAGGACUGUUUUGUAAUAAAUCACAGAGGAUGACCAAAUGUGGUAAGAACAUCAGUGACACACUCAUUCGUGCCUUGUGCUCCACUUUUUUGUUUUUACCACAUUUUGAUGUCAUCUGUUAUCUAUUGCUGAACAGAUGCACUAUAACAGGGAAUUCAUUUGUUAAUUUUAGUAACUAAUGUUUUAUUUGUGAGGUGUGCAGUCAUAUUGUAGCUUUCUGCAUGAUAGGUUGAGAGUAUUUAGUUGUUCAUCUUAAACACAGGGUGCAGUUACUUUAAAUCAUAUUUUCCAGGAAAUAUAUUGUUUGGCAUGUGGUGAGCUGUUUGAACUUAUAUUAUUGGUAUCAGUCCCACCAUCUCACCAAUAUGCUGGAUGAUAACAUGCGGUGAUUCAUGAAUUAUGUACCUGUUAGAGGUUAUAAUACAUUAUGGACUUGUCAACAGACUGUGGACUUAUUAAUGCAUGGCAAGAUGACAUGUUUUCCAGGAAAUAUAUUGUUUGGCAUAUGGUGAGCUGUUUGAACUUAUAUUAUUGGUAUCAGUCCCACCAUCUCACCAAUAUGCUGGAUGAUAACAUGCCGUAAUUCAUGAAUUAUGUACCUGUUAGAGAUAAUAAUGCAUUAUGGACUUGUAAACAGACUGUGGACUUAUUAAUUCGUGGCAAGAUGACAUAUUUUUACAGGAAAUAUAUUGUUUGGCAUAUGGUGAGCUGUUUGAACUUAUAUUAUUGGUAUCAGUCCCUCCAUCUCACCAAUAUGCUGGAUGAUAACAUGCCGUGAUUCAUGAAUUAUGUACCUGUUAGAGAUAAUAAUGUAUUAUAGACUUGUAAACAGACUGUGGACUUAUUAAUUCAUGGCAACAUGACAUAUUUUCCAGGAAAUAUAUUGUUUGGCAUAUGGUGAGCUGUUUGAACUUAUAUUAUUGGUAUCAGUCCCACCAUCUCACCAAUAUGCUGGAUGAUAACAUGCCGUGAUUCAUGAAUUAUGUACCUGUUAGAGAUAAUAAUGCAUUAUGGACUUGUCAACGGACUGUGGACUUAUUAAUUCAUGGCAAGAUUAAAUACACUUGUCACUAGUUACAAUAAUUUUAAAUCAUGGUGUUGAGGGAGAAUAUUGUCUGGCGUAAGGUGAGCUGUGGGAACUCUUAUUAUUUAUGAUAUCAGUUCAUUGUGCUGUAAGACUGUUUUGUAAUAAAUCACAGAGGAUGACCAAAUGUGGUAAGAACAUCAGUGACACACUCAUUCGUGCCUUGUGCUCCACUUUUUUGUUUUUACCACAUUUUGAUGUCAUCUGUUAUCUAUUGCUGAACAGAUGCACUACAACAGGGAAUUCAUUUGUUAAUUUUAGUAACUAAUGUUUUAUUUGUGAGGUGUGCAGUCAUAUUGUAGCUUUCUGCAUGAUAGGUUGAGAGUAUUUAGUUGUUCAUCUUAAACACAGGGUGCAGUUACUUUAAAUCAUAUUUUCCAGGAAAUAUAUUGUUUGGCAUGUGGUGAGCUGUUUGAACUUAUAUUAUUGGUAUCAGUCCCACCAUCUCACCAAUAUGCUGGAUGAUAUCGUGCCGUGAUUCAUGAAUUAUGUACCUGUUAGAGGUUAUAAUACAUUAUGGACUUGUCAACAGACUGUGGACUUAUUAAUGCAUGGCAAGAUGACAUGUUUUCCAGGAAAUAUAUUGUUUGGCAUAUGGUGAGCUGUUUGAACUUAUAUUAUUGGUAUCAGUCCCACCAUCUCACCAAUAUGCUGGAUGAUAUCAUGCCGUGAUUCAUGAAUUAUGGACCUGUUAGAGACAAUAAUGCAUUAUGGACUUGUAAACAGACUGUAGACUUAUUAAUUCAUAGCAAGAUGACAUAUUUUCCAGGAAAUAUAUUGUUUGGCAUAUGGUGAGCUGUUUGAACUUAUAUUAUUGGUAUCAGUCCCACCAUCUCACCAAUAUGCUGGAUGAUAACAUGCCGUGAUUCAUGAAUUAUGUACCUGUUAGAGAUAAUAAUGCAUUAUGGACUUGUCGACGGACUGUGGACUUAUUAAUUCAUGGCAAGAUGAAAUACACUUGUCACUAGUUACAAUAAUUUUAAAUCAUGGUGUUGAGGGAGAAUAUUGUCUGGUAUAAGGUGAGCUGUGGGAACUCUUAUUAUUUAUGAUAUCAGUUCCACCAGCUCACCAAUAUGCCAGAUGAUAAUAUGCAUUAUUAAAAACUAGUUCAUUGGAUUAUGCAAUUCAAGAGUUUUCAUUGGCAUAGCCAUCAUGGGUUAUGAGCCAUGACACCAUGCUCUACAAAUAGGAUUGUACUUUGUAACAUUACACUUGUUCUUAUAGAAUUAAGUUGGGAGGAUUUGUUUAUAUUUUGAGGUUUUUUUAAUAAAACAAUUACUUCACACAUGCUUGUUGGAUAUGAGAUGAUUAUGGCCAACCCAGGCUUGUUGGCUAUCUAUCAUCUCAUAUCCAAUGUGCACUAGUGGAAUAAUUGUCUAUAAUUCUUAAAGUAUGACCCUUUUUUACUUAAGCUGGGUCUUGUACAACUAUAAUCAAUUUGUGUCAUCAUUUGUUAAUGUAUUUUUACUAAGUUGUGAUAUAUCCAUAUUCAUCAUGGACUAAGUUUAAGCACUUCCCAUACUGCAAAUUCUUUAACUUUAACUCCUAGAGGUGAUUAUCAUAUAACCUCUUCCUACAAUACCCAUGCAUUAUUCAGUGAAUAGGUAAUAAGAAUACUGAAACUUAUCAGGUAGAAGUUAUUGUUUUGAUUAAACAUCGAAUUCUCAUAAAAAUUAACAAGGAAAUCUGUAGCAACUAGAGGGGAGAAUAAACAAUCAGAUCUUGGCAGUUAAAUGGGCAAUGUUGUGUUUUGCAGUUGUGAUGCCAUGCUAGGUUAUGUGCAAUUAAUAAAAUUGUUCUUGUCACUUCUUUAAUCUCUCGAAGGUUGGUUAUCUUGCGGGAAGCAAUCAGCAGCACCUCCCAGCUAAUGUUAUGGUGGAUCUUGACAAUGUUUUAGUUCCUGUGAUACAUGCUGCUGCAAAUCACCAAAGAAGGCAUUCGUUAAGUGCAGAGUUGUUGUUUAAAGUUUUGAGGCUGCUUUGACAGACAUCAGCAACAAUUCCUUAGUAGCCAUGUUGGUUACCUCAUGAACAAGAAGCAACCCAAAGACAGGAAGAGGUUGAAGGACCUUUUCAGAGUACUCAAGAAGAUUUGGCAGAAAAAGCAGAAAAUAAAUAUGAUAUCUGUAAUAAUGUUCUUUUCAAAUGUAAAGUGGAUUUUCUUGGGCUGUGGAUUAAUUUAUUUGAGACACAGCAAGAGAUAUUGCUGAUUCAAACAACUUUUUAAUACUGUAACUUAAAGUGAAAUUAUAAAGUUUGUUCAAGCAUGAAUCUGAUGGAACAGGAUAUUCUUGGGUACAGUUUGCAAUAUAAGAUUAUCAGAAACUUCUCUUGUUCGUAUUUGGUUUUAUGCAUGGACUGAAAAGUAUAUAGCAGGAUUGGUGUAACACAAUAUACUGUCUUGCACAAGGUAAACUAGUUGAUCUUUUGUUAUUUAUGAUAUCAGUUCCAUUAGCUCACCAAUAUGCCAGUUGAUAACAUGCAGUAAUUCUUGAAUUACAAACUGGUAUAAUUUAUUUGAUAAGUUAUUUUGAUUAUGAUGAUUUAAAAUGAUAACAUGCAGUAAUUCUUGAAGUAUAAACCUAGUGUAUUUGUGGCACUUGUCCAGCUCUGGUCAUGUUCACAAUAAUUUUUUUUUUUAAAACAUGCUAUAAUUACAUUUUCAUCAAGGAUCUAGUUUUCAUUCUUCAAAGACUUAAAACACAAUUUUUUAGAAAGAUAUAUCCAUUGUAAUAUGGAAGGUGGGUGGGAGGGGGGUUGAUUUAUUGUUGUUUUUUUCCCACUAUUUGUUAUGCAGUUUUACUGGUAGAUCAAAAGGGUAUUUGUUACAUCAGGGCCCUCAUUACAAAUAUUUCCAUUACAUCUGGUUUAUUUCGUUAUUCUUGGGCUAAAGAAUGUGCAACAUAUAACUGGAAUUUCAUCACAACAGGUUAUAACAUCAUGAGGUUCUGAUGGAAAAUUUUAAUUAAGGAACCUCAGUUUUGCAAGGCAGUGUUUCCUAGUGUAUUAUUUAUGGUAAAGCAUGGUAACAACCAGGAUGAACCAUUGCAUUGUGUCUGUCACUUUUUUCUUUAGUAGUCCAGAAGAAUUUACAUAUUAAAGGGGACAUUAAUUUAAAACUUUAUAUUGUAAAAUAGGUUGUGGUUUUUUAUUGCAG